GCGCCUCCUAUAAAGUCGCCCUCCAUCCGGACAUAAACAAACCUCGCCAGGCCACCCGCUCGCGCUCCGCAUCCCACGCCCAUCCUCGCCGCUCUGCUCGCCUCCCGCUGGGCGCCGCGCAGCCACCCUUGUCUCCGGCUCCUUUCCGUUCUCGCUACUUAGGCAGGUGACAGUUGGGACAUGUCCCGGGAGCUACAGGACGUGGACCUCGCUGAGGUGAAGCCUUUGGUGGAAAAAGGGGAGACCAUCACUGGCCUCCUGCAAGAGUUCGAUGUUCAGGAGCAAGACAUUGAGACCCUACAUGGUUCCCUGCAUGUCACACUGUGUGGGACCCCCAAGGGCAACCGUCCAGUCAUCCUUACCUAUCAUGACAUCGGCAUGAACCACAAGACCUGCUACAACCCCCUCUUCAACUCUGAGGACAUGCAGGAGAUCACACAACACUUUGCCGUCUGUCACGUGGAUGCCCCUGGCCAGCAGGAUGGUGCCCCUUCCUUCCCGGUGGGCUACAUGUACCCCUCAAUGGAUCAAUUGGCUGAAAUGCUUCCUGGAGUCCUUCACCAGUUUGGGUUGAAGAGUGUCAUUGGCAUGGGAACAGGAGCCGGUGCCUAUAUCCUGACCCGAUUCGCUCUCAACAACCCCGAGAUGGUGGAGGGCCUGGUGCUCAUGAAUGUCAACCCCUGUGCAGAAGGCUGGAUGGACUGGGCUGCCUCCAAGAUCUCAGGAUGGACCCAAGCUCUACCAGACAUGGUGGUGUCUCACCUCUUUGGAAAGGAGGAGAUGCACAACAACGUGGAGGUGGUGCACACUUACCGCCAGCACAUCCUUAACGACAUGAACCCCAGCAACCUGCACCUGUUCAUCAGUGCCUACAACAGCCGGAGGGACCUGGAGAUUGAGCGGCCAAUGCCUGGAACCCACACAGUCACCCUGCAGUGCCCUGCUCUGCUGGUGGUUGGUGAUAAUUCUCCUGCUGUGGAUGCUGUGGUGGAAUGUAACUCCAAGUUGGACCCCACGAAGACCACUCUGCUCAAGAUGGCAGACUGUGGUGGCCUCCCGCAGAUCUCUCAGCCUGCCAAGCUCGCUGAGGCCUUCAAGUACUUUGUGCAGGGCAUGGGAUACAUGCCCUCUGCCAGCAUGACCCGCCUGAUGCGGUCCCGCACAGGCUCUGGCUCCAGCGUCACAUCCCUGGAGGGUGCCCGCAGCCGUUCUCACACCAGCGAGGGCCCCCGCAGCCGCUCCCACACGAGCGAGGGCUCCCGUAGCCGCUCCCAUACCAGCGAGGAUGCCCGCCUCAACAUCACCCCUAACUCGGGUGCCACUGGGAACAACACGGGGCCCAAGUCCAUGGAGGUGUCCUGCUAGGCAUCCUAUGCACCCACCAUCCUGGACGGAUCUGUCUCUCUCAGCCUCCAACCCCUGCCUGCCACCCUGUGCUAACGCGGUAUUAAUCUAAAGCUGCUUUUGUAAGAGUGAGCUCUGGUGGCGGCAGCCCCGGGUUGUCUAGGGUGCCUCCUGGGACCAGGGUAGGUGGUGAUGGACCAAAGGCAAGAAGCAGUCCAGAGUUCUGUUCUGCUAACAUGGCCUGGUGGCCCCCUCUUUCCUUCCACCCUCUGACACCAACCUGCCAAAACCAAGAAGCUCAUAGCUGUAAACACUGCCCGGCUCUAAGCCUAGGCUGAUCCAGCAUCCUGGUUCAUAGGCAUUUUGCCAUCUCUCCUACUUCCUGUUUCCUCUUUACUUCCUGUUUCCUCCCCACUAAAGACAUUCCUGGAAAUAAAUCUGUUUUUGAUUUGAAGGGGAGGAGGAGGGAAAUUGGUCACCUCUUUUUAAGUACGGAAAACAGGAAGAGGGAAAAAAAGAGGUGGAAUCUAGGGCCGGUAGAGAUCAGUGGAAAAACAAGGCCACACAGUUCACAUGAAGGAAUCUAUUUUAAAGCUGAUGCAUAAACAUCUGGGUGCCAGAGCCCACAGCCUACUUUGUGGCAACCUUUUAACAUGCAAGGGAAACUGCUAACAACCUGACUUUACAGAGAAACCUUUUCCAGAAACAUUUGGUGUCAGGGUGGUUUAAGGCUCUUGGUCUGCUACCUACCUGCCCCACCUUCUUCCCUGACCCCUUCCCCACCUUCCCUCACCCCUGCCCCAUGUUGUGAUGAAUGAGUGAUGCCUUUGUUCGUGGGGAAUUCCAGUUUGAUUUGUAGUUGCUUUCUUUGCCAUUGAGGGGGAGCUCAGAGAGGUGACAAAUGUCUUUGUCUGGGAUGAGUCUCCAGGCAGGGGAGGGGUGGGGGUAGAGUGGGAUUGAUAACUAGUGUAGGGGCCAAGUGCUGGAAUCUAGUUGGCGUGAUUUCAGCGGGUGCCAGCCUGUGUCCCUGGAAUCUUGUGUGAUUGAGUCAAACCCAGUCUCCCAUUAUUGACAUUGGGGGUUGACUCUAAACCCAAUAAUUGGAUGUCUCUCACCUGGCCCAUUACCGGGUCUUCAGAGAGAACUGUAUGCUCUUGUAGGGGAUGGGCUGAGAGGAUUCUGAACUCUAUACAUUCCAUGGGAACUGGCUUCCCUCUCCUGAUGCCCCCUCUCCCUGCCCCUCUAACCUCCUUCUGCUGACUGUGGUGGUCGUGCUGGCCCUUCAGAGAGAUGCCAGCCUAAUGCCUACUCCCUGUACCGAUGCCUUGGAGUCUCACUGUGGCUAACCUUGGGCUUUCCCAUAGGAAGUAUGAUCAGAAUCAUCUGAAUACUAGGAGUCAGCCAUCAAGGCCUGGCUAGGUCUAGUACCCUGGAGUUGCUAGAGGGAAAGUGCCAUGUCUUUAGAUGGCUCAAGAAGCAAGGACUCUGUAGCUGCAAAUUCCCACAGAGGGCCUUCCCCCUGACCUUGUGUAGAAAUAUUGGAGAUCCAGGCCAGGGUGCCUGAAUGCAGACCAGAAACCAUUGUAUACAUCUUUCCAGAGCAGUUUCUUAAUGUUUGUAUUUAUUUCCAAACCAAUAAAUUUGUAACUUUGCAGUG